CCCAUUCCCAUACAUAAAACCGACGCACACUUUCUUCCGCAGUGAGCAGAGCGGCACCGGCGAGAGAGAGAGUCUUCUGUAGUGUGGAAGGAAGGAGCAAAAAAUGGUGUCGGGAUCAGGAAUCUGUGCGAAGCGAGUGGUGGUGGACGCGCGCCACCACAUGCUGGGGCGAUUGGCGUCCAUUAUAGCUAAGGAGCUGCUUAAUGGGCAGAAAGUGGUGGUGGUCCGAUGCGAGGAGAUCUGCCUCUCCGGCGGUCUCGUUCGUCAGAAAAUGAAGUACCUCCGAUUCCUCCGCAAGCGCAUGAACACCAAACCUUCCCAUGGCCCUAUCCAUUUCCGCGCCCCUUCUAAAAUCCUCUGGCGCACCAUCCGAGGGAUGAUUCCGCAUAAAACCAAGAGAGGAGCAGCUGCCCUGGCGAGGUUGAAGGUGUACGAGGGAGUACCUCCGCCCUACGAUAAAACCAAGAGGAUGGUUAUUCCUGAUGCUCUCAAGGUUUUAAGGCUCCAGGCUGGUCACAAGUACUGCUUGCUGGGCCGGCUAUCAUCUGAAGUUGGGUGGAACCACGCUGAUACAAUCAGGGAGCUAGAGGCUAAGAGAAAGGAGAGGGCCCAGGCAACGUAUGAGAGGAGGAAGCAGCUGACAAGACUCAGAAUCAAGGCUGAGAAAGCUGCUGAAGAGAAACUUGGUUCCCAACUAGACAUUCUCAGCUCUGUCAAGUACUGAGUUGAACGUAGGUAGUUGCUAAGAAUUGUGUCAAGGCAGAGUAGAUGAUGAAGGCUAAAGUUGUAACAACAGCUUAGUAGAUUUUGUUGUUAUUGGGUAGCUGUUGCGAAUUUCAUUUUUGUUCUGAUGCCAUUCCAUUUUUAUGUCAUGACUUGUGAGAGGACACCUUGUUUUGCAGCUCUGUGGCGCAAUAUUUAUACAUCAUACAUUGGACAUCUCUGUUGCUUAAGGAGUUUUUCAUGCUUGUCGCA